AUGCUCGACAUUCUGUCUUUCGAUGUCAGCGAAAAAACGGGGUUUCUCCCCUCCGAGUUCCCCGUGACGUGCUUGCCUCAAGCGUACUACAAGCCUUGGGAAGACUUGGUGGCCAAUUUGCCUGCCUUGCUCUUGACCAAACGCGUUAGAGGGCUCGUUGAUAAAAUGCCCGUUUUGUCCCCUGACCACUUGGAGAACGUUCCUCAAAUCAGACGGGCAUACCAGGUCUUGGGCUUCUUGGCGCAUGCCUACGUAUGGGGCACAAGUGAGCCCAGCAGCAGAAUUCCAGAGCAAAUCGCCGCUCCUUUAGUCCAUGUGAGUGAGACCUUGGGACUCCCUCCUCUUGCCACCUACGCCACCUUGUGCCUCUGGAAUUACAAAGAGAUUUUCCCUACUCCCGCGGGAGAAGAAGACCAGGAAAUGGACUUGGACAAUAUCGCCACGAUCAACACAUUCACAGGGGCCAUGGACGAAUCCUGGUUCUAUCUUGUAAGUGUUUUCUUUGAAUAUAAAGGUGGCCGUGCCAUCAAAUUCGGUAAGCAGGCCUUGGAACAUGCUGAGAACGGAAACAUCCCGGCGUUGACUACGUCUCUACAAAACUUGGCCCUGGCUAUCGACCAUUUGGGCUCUGUGUUGAUGCAAAUGGAGGAGAUGUGCGAUCCGCACGUGUUCUAUUUCCGGAUCAGGCCAUUUUUAGCCGGUUGGAAGAACAUGGCUGAUGUCGGUCUCAACAAAGACGGUGUUUUAUAUGGGAAUGAGACCAGCCCCAGAGCGUAUGCUGGUGGCUCGAAUGCCCAGUCUACUUUGAUCCAGUUCCUCGACUCUUUGCUUAGUAUCAACCAUCACUCAACUGGUGAGCGUCCUGCGCCGCAUUCGGAGAGCAAGGCAGAGCCCGCAAAGGCGGCCAACUCCUAUCUCAUGGAAAUGAGAAACUACAUGCCACGGAAGCACCGGGAGUUUUUGGAGGCCAUAGAUUCGGGUUCCAAGAUCAGGCAGACGGUGUCGGCUCAUCCCGACAAUGGAGAACUCAGCUUGAGUUAUGAUGCCUGUUUAGCGAUGACAAAACUGUUCAGAGACAAGCACAUACAAAUCGUCACGCGCUACGUGGUUCUCCAAGCAAAGAAGGCCCCCAAGCUCGGAUCGCUGCUGACAAUGAGAUCUGGCUUGGCAAAGAAGAAACUUAAUGACGGAGAGGAAAAGGGCACAGGCGGUACCUCCUUGCUCCCCUUCUUGAAACAAUGUAGGGAUGAAACUGGAGAUCCUGCUGCGGGCAACUGGGGCAAACGGAUUCUCAGUGACGGUGUCAUGCGGUUAAAUUACUCAAAACCGAAUGGUCUCAAUGAGGACUGA